UUUAUUAUUUUUUGAUGUUGGCAAUAAUGUUCUUCCAACAUGUUAUCAAUAAUAUUACAUUUUGGAAGAAGUGUUCUAGGCCCUAUCAUCACAGCGAGAUAACGCGAUAUCAGCAGCGGGAGAUAACGCGGUAUCAACAGCGGGAGAUAACGUGAUGGAGGACUUUUUAAACAACGUAGAUGACGAUGAUGAUUACGCGCAAGUUGCAGAUGUCUUUGAAGAUCUUGGAUUCUGUAAAAAGGAAGAUUCGUACACUACGCUUGAUAAUGGGAAACGUGUUUCCAGCGCAAACACUAAAUCUGCUGUUAGGGCAAAAAAAAUACGCUUGAAUUCCGUAAAGUCUUCGGGAUUUACACUACUCUCUACGUCAUCAAACAAUACAAUCAGCUGGUAUUACGUAAAAAAUACCAACAAUAUUCAAAACUAUAUCUACUUCCUUGAUUCGAUUAAAUCCGAACUAGUUAAUUUACUCAAAUCAAUUGCGAAAAAAAAUCCGAUCAAGUUUAAUUUAAAGCUUGAGGCAACAUAUAAUAUACCAAAUGUUGAAUAUUCGUCGGAAAAUCGUGCUUUUAAAACUUCGGUUAGGGCGGUUUUCUGUGAUACCGGUGUACAUGAAAUUGUAGAAGAGUCAUUUGCUAAAUUAAUGAAAGAAGAAGCCGAGUAUGCAAGCAAGGGCAGUGGGUUCACAUUACAUUAA